UUGAAUAAAAUAAAAAUGAACUGGCAGGGGGCUGGAAAUGUAAGAGUUUUAGAAGGGUUAGUGGGGGUAAGUGCUUAGGCUUUCAAACUCCGAUGAACUUUAUCUCAUAGAAGAACUCCAUUAUGAAAAGAUUAACAGAAACACCGCAUAAUAGAAGUAGCUAUGGAGAAGCUCUCCUGCCUUUAAAUUUUAUAAGUGUUUCAAAAAGAGUCAAAUAAGUCUCCGUCACCGGUUUUUGAAGAUUUUAGAUUAGGGACCAUGCCAGAAACAACUUUUCGAAAUUCCUCUGUAGUUGUCAGAGAAGCCAAAGAGAAGGUGAACAAGUUAUAACCUUCAGAAAGAGAGCCUCUCCUAGAAAGAAACUAAAUAUGACUCUCCCAAACGCCCAGAAAAGUCGACCAAGUACUAUUAUAGAAACACUCGGUGGGAAGAUCGCUAGAAGGAUGAACCAAGAGCUGUUAAAUAAAGAAUCUCGUUUCAUACAAAAGAAUGUUAAAAGAGCUAUUCACCAUAGGAAGAGUACUAUAGAUAGCCCAGUUAGUUCAAGAGGAUCUGACUGGAAUGCUCUCAAGAAUUCUAAUAAGAAGGUUAAAUCUAAGUUCUCCAAAGUAAAUAAACCUGUUUCUAAAUUUGAAAGCGAUACUUCACCUAAAUUAAAGAAAAAGAAUGCUGAAAAGUUUAAACUUCUUGAAAAGAGCAUGAGAAGGGAAUAUGAAGAGAGAAUUAACAACAUCAAGAGGAGAUAUGAAGAUAUAAUAUCUGCACUCAAGGCUAGUCUUGCACAAGCCCAAGAUACCAAGAAAGAAACAAUUCAAAUUAAUAAAGAUAAAGCCAAAGAAAUCGUACUCAAGAAUACACAGAAGUUGGUCCAUAAAGCUCAGAUUAGUAGCUUAAGAAAGAAAGUUAGUCGAAUGUCAAAGAACAAUUUUAAAGAUCUGACUAAAGGGAUAGUGCUUGAAAAUGAUAGACUUGCAAUGCAGCUUGAGGAUGUCUCUAUGAAGCUCCAUAUGACAACAGAAAAACUAAGGCGAGCUGAAAAGGAACUCCAUAGUCUUAAGAACUUCGCAUCAAAAUAUCAUAAUAUUGAUGUUAAUGAGAUGCACAAGACAGUACGGAAUCUUGAAAAUGAGUUAGAAAUGUACAAAAAGAAAAACGCUCCUCAGAAGGGUUUCAAGGUUACCAAUCGUAUCUGUACUGUGUGUGCCAGUCAGAUCGAUAAUUACAAUAAUAGGGUCAAGAAGAUCAUAGUUGAGGGAGGAAGAAAUAGAGAGCAUGCAUAUCCUGCCAAUGUCUUUUUGUCUAGUGACGAAGAAGAAGACAGAAAAGAAAAACGUAAAGAACUUAUAGCACAACAAACGGAUAUCAUGAAACAAGUACUCUCAGAGCUUAAAGGAUAUUCUGAUGAUGUUGAGAGCUUUGGAAAAGAAGAAUCUGCAAUUACCUCCGAAGAUGGCAGUGAUAUUUUUGGACAAUACCCAGUCAUGCGUCUGCAUGCGCCAAAUGAUGAAGAACCCAGUGAGUUUAUGAAAAAGUACCUUGCAUUUUCAAAUGUAAAUGAAAUUGAAAGUGUUAGCGAUAGUGAUUUUGAUAGCGAAAACAGAGAUGUAGUUGAUCCAAAAGAAUUAUCAAAAAUUGAAAAUAACCCUAAUUCAAGUUCUACAAAUAAAUUCUUAGAUAGUUCUCUUUGAUCAAAAAUUCAAGUAAAAAGACCAAAAGCUAUCAUUACCAAAAGACCUAGCCAAAAAUUUGACUUAAGAGAUGACAUUGAAAACUCAAUUCUCAUAAGCGGAGAGGCUUCAGCACAGCUUCAAAAUAAUUUUUAAACAUUCAACUCUAAAA